UUUUUUUUUUUGGUGUCGCCUCUCGUUCCUUUCCGAGUAUCGAAUGCGCAUGCAACUUUGUCGUGGAAUGGAGUCCCAUUUAAAAUAUUCUACAUCUGAUAUUCGGUUCAGAAAAAGAAAAAAAAGAAAAAAAAAUUCGGAAUAUAAACGCGUAUUAACAAUAAAAACUUUCACAAAACAAUCGUCGAGGCUCUUACGGCGACAAAUAAAAGCAUCACGCGUAUUUCCGCAUCUGUACCUACCGAAUACGCCAAUACGAGCCGCUCCCGCAUAUCACUUUCACGAAAUCUGUAAUAAAAUUAACAUUUUGUAAGUUAAAGCCCGGCGGCCGGGUUCCAGCGCGCCGUCAUGUCAUGCAGUUUUUGUUUAUUUGAUAGCGCCGAUGCAUCGCUAGGUUCCCAUUGCACACGCAUGAUCGGUGCAGUCGGGCCGUGGCGCGUGUGACACGCACAUUCACGAUACUCUAAAUUCCGUGAACGGCUAAAAGCGCGAAUGCGACCUCGCCUUUACUUACUUCUAUUUUACGAAAUUUUCUAUUUAAGGCGAGGUGAUUCUUUUUUAAGACGUGUCAUUAAUAGUCGGUUAAAAAAUUUUUGGGGUCUAAUCAUCGUGGUGUUCGAUUUUGCGACUGAUAUUUUGCCGUGGAAAAAUCAACUUUACAACAAAACAAAAAAUAUGUUAGAUAUUAAAUGUGUAUUCGAAUAAAAAAUGCAACCUUCCACUUGCUCGACGGAGGAGUGCAUAAUUUAAAUACACGAGCUCUUGAUUUCGGCUUCAGAUUCGAACCCAUUUUUCACGAUCGCAUUGAAUUUCAAAUAUGUCUUUAUAAACGUUGGUGUUUUUAUUUUGUGCGCCUAUUUCCCCGUUGUGUUUCGUUCGACGGUGGUGCUCUCUGACUUCGGACAGACUGCACUUUUAAAACUCAUCGCGGAUAUGGGAAAAUACGGGAUAUUCACAACGCGCCUUGCAGCUUUACUGGUACUGCAUGCAGCUGGGGCCGGAUAUGCUUCACCUACAGUCCUCGUCACCAGACCUCUGACCAGGGUAGUCGAGUGGCUGCCCACUGACAACCAAACGGUUUACAGACUUGACGAAGGCGAAACACGAAGCUUAGAGCUGAACACCUCAACAAUAUCACAAAGUACAGUUUAUAUAACGGUCAGUCCGUGUACUAGUGACUUGAACUGGAUUUUAUAUCGAGGCACCGCCAAUCCUCCUGGUCACUUAAGUCCUCUGAGACAAAACAAAGGCUCCGAAGUCACUACGGUUUCGCUUGAAAUCUCACAGUAUGACAGAUACAUACUCCAGUUGUCGACGGCGAAAGGCGGUUCGUGUGUGGUGAGCGCCCGCGGUGAAGCACCCAGACAAGUCCGGCUGCGUCUCAAGAUCCGAUCGAGGCGGAAGCUUGCUGCUAACUGGGAUUCCAGCCCUAUAGAUCCGCAAGCCACUUCAUACUGCGUGGUGGCUUCGCACAGAAGAAACUACACGUCACUAUGCGCUGCACAUCACGACGUCAACCCGAAUAGACUCGUUAAAACAAAUCGAUUGUGUUCGGGAGCCGCUUCCGAAUCAGAUAACGUCGCCGGUAGAAGUCGAUCGACUGAGAUCAACAAUAACAAUGACGUCGAAGACGCCUUUAGCAUUUUCGACGGACAUUUCAGAAGUUUCUACAGAAGAAAGAAGUUUGGUCGCAGUACCAAAGUAACUUCGGACGAAGAUCCGGUUAUCGCUUGCGUUGGUGAUCGAACUCAUCAUCUUAUUGAGAACUUAGAUCCAACUGCCACUUAUUAUGUGAGCGUCUUUGGAGUGGCCAAGGAUAGACGUUCUGGGUCUCUACUCGCCAUCAGCAGUAUACGACCAAGGACAUCAACCGCCAAAAGAUUGCGCGAAAAUGUACCUUACAGAGCCGAUAUUAAAGGCAAAACCGCUUUCUAUUUCAAGGCCUCUAUUGGGACUGCUGGAGGUUUGUGGCUGAUGGCAUCGACUUGUGGAGGAUCAGUGGACUUAGAAGUGCUUGUCAAAGGAAAACGGCUUCAAUAUAUUCGUAAUAUAGAGCCAAAUUUGAAGUUCUUCGUUCCGGCACCGACCUUAACCUCUUCGAUGCAAGAAACGAGCGACGAAGGUUCUAUUCAAUUCGAUUCGAGUUCGGAAGAGACCAGAAUGCGAUACGUCAUCAAACUAAUCCCCACUAGAAAGGAGAGGGAUGGCGCUAUUACAGUAGAGCUAACAGCAUCAACUACAAGAUGGGGCAUCAACACUCCUGAGCUUAUAGGAGACGGUGCUAUUGUGAGGGAGUUGCGACCGCGGAGGUCCUGCAGAUCAGUCGACAUCGCCUUCCUGCCGGCCACACAUAAUGCUACAGAUGUGAUAAGAUAUUGCGCCAUUGUUCGAGAUAGUAAUGAAGAAGUGCUAGAAUGCACGUCCAUGAGAAAGUAUUCGACGAGGACCCAGUGCAUUAAUCAGUCCCAGAAAAAAACAGCGAAUGUCAUUAUUCAAAAAAUCAACGGAUUGACCCCGGGGAAAAAAUACGCUAUUCAAGUUACAGCCGCUGUCCGGGGAAGCUCAGUGCCCUACAAAGUUUUGUAUGCGGACACAAAUGCAUCGUGCCGAGAAAAAUGAAAAAACUGGAAUCAAAACAAUAAAACGUGCAUUUUUUAUUGAAUUAAUUCAAUGAUUGUAUAGAUAUUUAACUGUAACUUUGGUAUUUAAGAUAUUAUAAAAUAGUAUUUACUAGUGGUAGGACCUUUUGCGAGUCCGCGCGGAUGGGUACCACCACCCUGCCUAUUUCUGCCGUGAAACAGUAAUGCGUUUCGGUUUGAAGGGUGGGGCAGCCGUUGUAACUAUACGUGAGGCCUUAGAACUUAUAUCUCAAGGUGGGUGGCGCAUUUACGUUGUGGAUGUCUAUGGGCUCCAGUAACCACUUAACACCAGGUGGGCUGUGAACUCGUCCACCCAUCUAAGCAAUAAAAAAAAGGAUGUUAAAACAAUUUUUAUUCGUUUGGAUUCAAGAUUUUUGAUUAGAUAAAUUAUAUUUUAGGUGUUUCAUAUUCUGUGUGUAACGGAAUGCACGUCACCUAAGUCUGAACAAACUGUGAAUUUUUGGCUUAUUGUCUUCAGUUAUACUUAACUUAUGUAUGAGUUGUUGCAGUUUCGGAAACGCUUAUUCCGCUUUUUGUAUACGCUAUGAUUAAUGUAAAAUUAUAAUUGUUAUUUCUGCUAACGAAUAUAUGUCUCAAAUAUAGAUAUGCGAAUUCAAAAAACACAAGUUACCUGUGAAAAAUCUGAAAACAGUAUUAGAUACAUAAAUUUAGUAUUACAAUUUUCAAGUAGAAUUGAGGCCGUCAGCGCAAAAGUGACCUAACCCACGAACUUUCAUAUUAGUGCUUCUAUAUUGCAAUUUAUUUAAAAUGUAAGCAAUAAAUGUUGAUGCAAAAGCAGCAUAUCACUAGUAUCGCCCAUAGAUAACAGAUGGCUUUGUAAACAUUAUUUUUGCGCGUAUUAUUUUUGCCUACUAAGUACCUACUGUAUAAGUAAAUUCAGACCUCAUUAUCUCCACAUUAUGGUAGGCUUAGGCCACCUUUGUUCUGACAGCCUCAAUUGUUAUUAAAUAAAACAAUGGGGAUAUAGGUACGCUAAAACUUUUAAUUGUGCACUUCAAUAUAGUGUUUAACAUUUUGUUGAUUUAUUUUAAUUAAACUCAAUUUAAGAAAAUUGUGGAUACCGACAUAAUAAUUGCGCACAGGUUUGCCGACAAUCAUUUAACACUUUCGAAUACACUUUCUAGGUCUAUUUUUGGGAAUUUUAAGCUUUAACCUUUGUUUUUUGUAAUGAAAAAAAAUAAAACAGACAAUUAAUUAAAAUAUACGUACAUAAUUAUAGUGCAAUUAUUAAUUACUGGUCUGUGUAAAUUAUUUUUUAUGUUAACAUGCGCAACUGUGGGCUAUAUUUGUAGAUAUAAAAUAUACAAAACGGUACGUAGUGUGUACAUAAUAUGAUUCGAUUUGAGGAGAAAUAUUCAUGAAGCUAUCGGCAAGCCUUAAGCGUAACCUAAUUAUAAAUUAAGUGAAUGUAAAUAUUUAUUUUAAUUUUAACAUUUUAAUUUAAUUGCUCUAGACACAUAAAUAAAAAGUUAAAUGUUUUAUUUAGUGGGUAGGUAAGUUUAAUUUGUUAAGGCUGGGUAGUAAAUAUUAUGAAUUAUUAUUGUUUGACUGGACAUUGUGGCAUUUAUACAGAACGUGAAAACGUAAUAUUUUCAGUUCCUAUUUAAUAAUAAUAAUCAUGUAAAUAAAAUACUGUAGCUGUAUUACAUAUUAGCAUAAUUAAGAUACUUAUGUCUUUCAAAAUAAAGUUAACGAAAUCUA